GAGAGAGAGAGAGAGAGAGAGAGAGAGAGAGAGAGAGAGAGAGAGAGAGAGAGAGAGAGAGAGACCCCGUGUUGCAUCUGUAUGCGGAACUACAUGUACGACGAGGUCGAGAAGGAAUCUUUUAGUUGACGGAACAAUAACAAUAAAGGGAACCUGCCUUACAUUUCUAAACUCUAUGAAUAAAAGUUCUUGUUCCUUUUAGGCUUGUAUCUUGCAAUUUUGUUUGUUCUGUGAAUGUGUUUCUGAUUUUGUGUAGCCUUUUAUAUUGUCAUCCCUGUUAUUUGACUUAAGAAGCUAGCUAGCUAGCUAGCUAGGUUUAACACUGUGGACUUGGAUAUUCUUAGUGGAAACAGAACAAUGACGUCUAAACCUACAUGCCUUAUUGUUGCAAGUGCAGCACCUCAAGGAGUUUCGGUUCGGUCGUUCCAGCAAUCUUUCUCUGUCUGUAGUCCAGUUUUCAACCUCCAGACAGCUACACCAGGGGGGAAACCUAUUGACUUCGCCGGGGUUGAUGAAAGCUCUGCUCGAUGGGUUCAGGACUUCAGCGUCAAGUCCUUUGCCACUCCUGCCAAACUGGAAUCCAUUGAUGGCGCACGUUACCAGGCUCUGCUGAUUCCAGACUGCCCAGGAGCUUUGAAUGACCUCGCUCACAGUGGCUCCCUGGCACGCAUCCUCACGCAUUUCACUUCUCAGAAGAAGCCUGUGUGUGCUGUGGGACAAGGUGUGUCUGCACUCUUUUGUGCCAUAGAAUCACAGAAAUGGAUAUUUAGAGGAUACAGCCUAACUGGACCCUCAGUGUUUGAGCUGGUGCGUUUCCCAGAUUUUGCCAACCUUCCUCUGAUUGUAGAAGACUUUGUGAAAGACAAUGGAGGAUCGUACACAGCCAGCCAAGAAGAUGCAUUACAUGUGGUCCUAGAUCGCCAUCUAGUGACUGGUCAGAAUACUCAGUCCACUACAGCGGCAGUUAAUAACCUGAUCCUCCUAUGUAAUGGCAAGUAAAACCUCUCAUUUGCCUACACAGUACCUUUGUUCAUGGCCAGUUGAACAUCUGGGAUAAAACAAAGAGAGGACAAUGCUAAUUGAUGGGAAAAGGUGGGCCCGAUAUGUAAUUGCAUGAUUUAAGCUGUAAAUGCAGCAAGUGAUGAGUAAUCAUGUCUUUUGUAUUCCACCUGGAUACAUUGCCAUUACAGAGUAUUUUUCAUCAACAAAUCUAAUGUAAAAUAAGUAUACACUUUUCCAUUAAAUGUUUGGGUCUGGGGCUUUUUGGACUCAAUUUUCAGUUAAAAAAAAACUGCAAAGCAGUGACAGUUGUGAUCAUUGAUGUCUAUUACUACUGCUAACAGUAGCCUUAUAAUUUUACUGUAGAUUCCCAGAAACAGAAUGUGAAUUGCUGAUUCUUUCCUAGUAUACCAGCCAGAUUUGGUACAAGUGUAAAAUCAUGAACACUUGUUUUCUGGGUCAACCUUUGUUUCAUGGUGGAGUACAUCUAAGUGUACAUUGUAUACCAGUGAAUGUACAGUUCUGUGGCCUUAAAAAGUGAUUGUUUCCAUCUUCAGAUUGCUGAUUUUGGAAGUAUUGUACUCGUCUUAUUAACAAACAUAAGAAUUAAGAAAUUACUUUUCAUUAGUAUCUCAGAAGAGAUUACAUGAUUUUUCCAGAAAUAUAGGCAUCUUAUCCCCCACUCCCCUUCACCAGCUUGUGCUAGAUUUAAUGCAGAGUGCAAAACAGCUGCAUGUUACACACAAGCUCCUAUUCACCCUUAGAUUUCUAUGAACAUUACUGACUGACUGUCAGGGUACUCUUACUACUACUCUGCAACUCUCACAAUAAGACCAAAAGUGGUGACUGAUAAUGGGCUCUUGCUUUGAAAUGUAAAACAGAACCUGUAAUCAUUGCACCUUUUACAAUACAUAUAAGGCGAGUCUGUGGAAAAAAAUGUCAAUAAAACUUUCCAUUUCUCAUA